CUCCACUGCGCCGGCUCCCUCCACCUCGCUCAUGUCCGCUCACCGGGGCGGGCUCAGCAUCCUUUCGAAGAAGUAACACUUCUCCGUGAGGCCUGAGCCCCUCGCCGCGGUGAGCCAAGCCGGCGCACGUCGCCCCGGGGCUCACGCUCACCACCGAGCCCCAACCAAUUAAUAAUAUAUAUAUAUAGCUAGGAUCGAUCGUCAGUAAAAUGGCAGGCUCCGCCGUCCUGAGGAGCCCCCUGUCCGUCCUCCUCUACAUCCUCGCCGCCGUGCCCGCCACCGCCGCGGCGACGCCGACCGACGCCGCCAUCGACGAGGCGUACGCGCAUCUCGUCAACCUCACCGCUAACCAGGAGUACUGGGCGGAGCGCGCGGAGGCGGCGCACGCGUACAACCGCGCGGCGUACCAGACCGACCCCGUGGCCGUCGUGCAGCGCUUCAACGACGGCGUGCACAGGGCGACGGCGACGCGGUCGCGGUCCCUGGCGCACAGGGCGCGGGGCCCCUGCACGGCGACCAACCCCAUCGACCAGUGCUGGCGGUGCCGCCGCGACUGGGCCCGCGACCGCAAGCGCCUGGCCAGGUGCGCCAUGGGCUUCGGCCACAGGACCACCGGCGGGCUGGCCGGCAAGUUCUACGUGGUGAUUGACCCCAGCGACGACGCCGCCGACCUCGUCACCCCCAGGAAGGGCACGCUCCGGCACGCCGUGACCCGGGCCCGGGCGCUGUGGAUCACCUUCGCGCGCGACAUGGUGAUCGAGCUCUGCCAGGAGCUCAUCGUGAGCAGCGACAAGACCAUCGACGGGCGCGGAGCGCAGGUGCACAUCGUGGGCGCGCAGAUCACGCUGCAGAACGUGCGCAACGUGAUCCUCCACAACCUGCACGUCCACGACGCCGCGGCGCACGGCGGCGGCGCGAUCCGGGACUCGCAGCACCACUGGGGCGUGCGCGGGGAGAGCGACGGCGACGGCGUCUCCGUGAUGGGGUCCAGCGAUAUCUGGAUCGACCACCUGUCCAUGAGCAGCUGCGCGGACGGGCUGGUGGACGCGGUGGACGGCUCCACCGCCAUCACCGUCUCCAACGGCCACUUCACGAGGCACGACCACGUUAUGCUGUUCGGGGCCAGCGACGCCGCGUCCAAGGACAGGGAGAUGCAGGUCACCGUCGCCUUCAACCACUUCGGCAAGGGGCUGGUGCAGCGGAUGCCGCGCUGCCGUCACGGCUUCUUCCACGUGGUGAACAACGACUACACGCACUGGCUCAUGUACGCCAUCGGCGGCAGCCGGAACCCCACCAUCAUCAGCCAGGGCAACCGCUUCCGCGCCGUCGACGACAGCAGGUUCAAGGAGGUGACCAAGCGGGAGUACACGCAGUACAGCGAGUACAAGAACUGGGUGUGGAAGUCGCAGGACGACCUGUUCCUCAACGGCGCCUUCUUCAACCAGUCCGGCGGCCAGAACGAGCGCAAGUACGACAGGCUCGACCUCAUCCAGGCCAAGGGCGGCCAGUACGCCGAGUCGCUCACCAGGUACGCCGGCGCGCUCAACUGCCGCGUCGGCAGGAAGUGCUAGUGCGUGUGCAGCUCUAGGCUGCAGCUUUCAUCAUUGGCGAUCGAUCGUAACAAUGCAAGGUUGUGUUGUAUAUAACUCUUGUGUUUGGAAUGCCGCCCGUAAUUAAUGGUCAACUCUAACACUGCUUGCCUUUGCCUGCCGGCCAGCAA